UUCUGUACGGGUUGUGUCACUUUCAGAUGCGAAAUAGGAACCAGCUGCCUUUUUCAAGCAUCAAAUAAGAGCCACCCCCCCUCCAGAAACGAGAGCAAUUUUCAGGCUCCAUAAAAACCGAAAUGUAUCUUUUAAAGUUUAAUGGUUGCUCCAUCUCAGCAGCUGUCAUUAACACAGCCAUUUUAAUUGUUCCUUCUUCUUCAUACCUUCUGUGAAGGUAUUCCUCAGUGGAAGGGCAGGGUGUCUUUGAUUUGUAUUCGAUACUUGGGUCGCUCCCUUAUCAUACAGACACAUCAUGUCAUUUGUUGCCCCAUUUGUAGGCAUGGUAUGACAACGGCCCUUCCCAACAGAAUGGAAAGAGCAAAAAUGAUGAAUAUAAAGACAUUUUUGAGUAUUACGUUUAAACAAUGCAUUGUGCGUUGCAACACCCUUCAUUGCUGUCACCACAUCUUACUGAGCAGACCUGAUGUUGGACUUGGGAAGCUGUGCUCAGCAGCCAAGGGACGUCUCCAUCAUUAACCUCCCACUGUCUCGUUUCUUCCCUUCUUUCACAUUUCCGCUGUGCUUAAGAAGACGGAGCGUUAUCUUUAAGAAGCAUCUUUCCUUUUAAGGGCCUUUUUCUUUUAUAAACCAGGCAGGGCAGAGCUGGAUGGAGGCAGUGGGGAAAAGCUUCAGCUAAAGAAAUUCCAGUGGCUAACCCGCGCUCCACAGUUUAGUGAUAGGAGCAACCAAAGCACCGUGGCUGACUGGGAACGCGUUCAGCGCAGCAGAGGCGGUGCCGGGAGUGCAGGGAAGCUCCUGCCUGCUCCGAGCAAUGCCGUGGCACGAGAAGUCACGGAUCCCGGCGCCCUGCCUGCUCCUCCCGGCACACACACCUCAUCUGAAGGGACGAGCUCGUAGCACUGGUCACGAGACAAGAGGAGGUUCAGGUGUAACGACGCCUGUUCCGCGCUGUCAGAUCCUCGAGGAGGUCUGCAGGAAGCAGGGCGGCAGUCCGGCUGAGUACGGCCUGAAGUUUCAGAGAAGUGUGUUGGAUCUCACUUUACAGUGGAGAUUUGCCAGACUGCCCAACAAUGCCAAGCUGGAGAUGGUGCCAGUCUCUUGUAAUAGAGCGGGGAUUGGAAACACGGUUCGGAUUGCACUGCAGUUAGAUGAUGGCUCCCGUUUGCAAGAUACCUUUCUCUGUCAGCAGACUUUGUGGGAGCUUCUGAACCAUUUUGCAAAGACCAGGGAGUUUCUGGAACAACAUGGUGAAUUCUGUCCGGUCUGUAUUUACAUGCGAGAUGAGAUCUCAGGAAAAGAUGCACUAGAGAAGACAACACUGAAGUCCCUUGGCCUGACAGGAGGCAGUGCUAUUGUCAGGGUUGUCAUGAAGAAAUGCAGUUCGUCUGAUCAGGAGGAAGCUGUGGAUGCCACAGCACAGAGUGAUGAGCCAAUAGUGAGGCCAAGCUCUACUGAAGGAGCAGUGGAUGUGCCCCUACCUCAGACACACACAUUCCCAACGGCCUUGGACCAUGGGGAUGUGGCCUUGCCUUUAAACAGCUGCACAGACGAGCAAGACUCAAUUAGAGAAUCGGAUGCCAGCUUGGAGGAGCUGUGUCCUCCCUCAGAGUCCAAGUCUGUCCCGUUUGUCCCUUUUUUUGGAGGUGGACAGCGUCUGGGGGACUCUUCUGUGUCUGCACCACCUCUCAAGUUAGAUAUGCCAUCUUCAGAGCUGCCAACGACUUUCUCUAGCCCUGGAGGCCCUUCUAAGCCAAAGAAGUCGAAGAGCAGCCAAGAACUGCAGAAGGAACAAGAGCAGCUUGUAGAACGAGAGCCACUUCUGUGUCACCCAGACCUGCUAGAACCGCUUCCUGCUGAGCUGGAAGACCUUCCUGAUGAGUUUUUUGAAGUCACAGUGGAUGAUGUACGGAAACGUUUGGCACAACUGCAGAGUGAGAGGAAACGCCUGGAAGACGCUCCACUGCUGACCAAGUCUUUAAGGGAGGCUCAGCUGAAAGAAAAGAUAGAACGUUACCCAAAGGUGGUGCUGAGAAUCCAUUUCCCUGACCGCCAUGUCCUGCAGGGGUUCUUCCGACCUACUGAGACUGUUGGCAUUGUGAAAGAUUUUGUAAGGAGCCACCUUGCAGAUCCAGAUUUGCCGUUUUACUUGUUUAUUGCACCUCCCAGAGUCAUCUUGAACGAUGAAAGUUUGACGCUCUCUGAGGCUGAACUCUUUCCAGCUGCUGUCAUUCAUUUUGGAUCGGAGGAGCGCAGGGAUUGUUACCUGAAAUCGGACCUGCUGAGCUCUGCAGUUUCCCCUUCUGCAGCUGAUUUAUUAAUGGCCAGAUGUUUGUCCAAACCAUUAGUUCCUUCUGCCUCAUCAUCUUUAGAAUCAACAGUUCCAUCCCUACCUGAACCAGAAGUGGGCAGCGACAAAAAGACAGAACGACCAGAACCAGCAAGAGUGCACGAAGCUCCACAGGUGCUGAGAAGAGCCCCUGGGAAAGUACCCAAGUGGCUGAAGCUGCCAGGUGGGAAGAGAUGAAGCAUCCUGAGCUGCACUGAGCAUUCGGUUGUGCCUCUUUCCUGACGAACUACUUCAGAAUUUGUAAGAAAUUGUUGGUGGUCCUGGAGACAUCUAAUACGUAUGAACAUUAGUUAUAAACAGAAAAUUGCUACUUCUUUCAGCUGCCAGUUUCACCUUUCGGAGGUGUGGGAGGCCUGUUUAUGGGCUUUGUGACUACAGAAGCAAGAUUAGAGGUUAAAUUUAACAUUUCCUGCAUGCAAAUAAUAUGAAUCGAGAAUGGAAGGGAAAAUAAUUCCUAGAUAAUGUCUGUGAAGGACUUUGAUUCCAUCCGUAUUUUUAAGUUCAAAUCCUCCUACCUUUUGCCUUUCUACUUCCAAAGAUAACUUGAGUCUGGCUGCUUGAACUCUAGCAGCAAAGUACAAUCCAAUUUUACCUGUAGUUUAGUGCUGACUAGAACAAGACCUCUUUGCUUUUUGCUGGUAAUUCUGGGUAUAGAUGGCUAGAAAGUGGGGUUAAGGGAAGCACAUCACUUACAACAGUUCAAAUUGCCUUUUCCUAUGAAACUCUUGGUCUGCUGCACUUACAUCGUUUUCAUUUGCCCCAGAACACAGGUUUCUGUUAAUGCAAUGCAUCUGGAGUUUGUUUCUGCUGUGAGCUCAGUGUUUUAUUUUCUCUGCACAUAAUUUAUGUUAGUAACUACAGCUAUAAUGCAGGGAAAAGAAAAAUCCCAUAGGAGCCUCUUCACGUGACCAUCAAUCUACAGACAUCUUCUGUGGUCUGAGAUGUAGCUGUUCUCUGCAUUGCAGUUGGUGCACAGAGGGAAGCACUGGUCCUGAACUUUGCCUCCUGCAGAUGCUGCAGUGGGAUGCGUGUUACUGUUCAGGACUGUGCUUACACUGGAGAUUAUAGUGCCACAAUUGCCAUGGUGCUGUAUUUUUUUGUUGUUGUUUUUUAAGACUUCUCCAUGGAUCGGUGAUUCACAUUGGGCAAGCUGGGGUUCUGUGUUACGGUAACAGCAUAUUUUCCAUUUUCCCUGUACAGACAAUUGUCCUCUAAACUAUGUGUGCAUCUGCACAAUUUUGAGAUGUAAUAAAGCACAGUGGCCAGAGGAGG